AUGAGCGGAAAUGCAAAUCUCGUGGGCGAUAUUACUCUAAAUAUUAGCCGAGCUCGAAUUUCGUCAACAAAGUGCUGUUUUCGGUCAUGCAGUACAGAAUGUCCUGAUGAAUUACAUCGUAUACCUCGUGCAAUUCGUUAUGAGAUUAUGAAAAAUAAACGAUUUUUCAUACCGGAAAAGUCAGUGGCAUGCAAUUUUCAUAGUGAUUAUUCUGUGUUAUCGGAAAUUAACAUCCCGGUUGAAAAUUGUGCUUUUACUGCUGCACAAAUUGAAGAGAUGGUUGAUUUGUUGCGAUCAGAUCCUAAACAAUUGAAAGAUGAGGGUCAAGUGUUGAACAAAAAUUCAGAUGCUGGUGUGAAAGCCGAUACCGGCCUGACACGUGAACAGUUCCAAAAUCUCUUCCAUUGUUUAAACUCGCUUCGAGACUGUUUGAAAAACGACAAAAUUGCAUCCGACUACCUAUACACAUAUCUCAUGAAGCUUCGUACUGGUCGAACGGACGAAGAUAUUGGGCGAGUUUUUAAAAUCACAAGGUGGGCCGUGGGAAAGCGAUUAAAAUGCGUACGCGAGGCAAUGGAAUCAGAUUUUGUUUACCAAAAUGUGAACUGCCUGCUUAGUCGUGAGGAACUGGCAAAAUAUACAACAUUCUUAAGCCAAAUGCUGUUUUGUCAUGGUGAUAUCAAUCGACCUGUAUUGAUCCUUGAUGGCACGUAUGUUUACAUUCAAAAGAGCACUAAUUAUGAAGUACAAAAACAAAGUUACAGUAACCAGAAGAAGCGAAAUUUUGUCCGAAUUAUGAAUUGUGUUACAACGGAUGGUACGAUUCUUUUUGUUCUGGGUCCAUAUCCAGCGUCUUCAAAUGAUGCUAAAGUUUUGCAGUCCAUCAUUCAAAGUACCAAUGCUCUUGACAAUUUGAAUGCCGAUGAUGUUCUUCUGCUCGAUAGAGGUUUUCGUGAUUGCGUUAAUUUGCUGAAGGAAAAGGGAUUUGAUGUGCAAAUGCCGGCCUUACUUCAAAGAUCUUCAAAUAAGAAGCAGCUGACAACAAGCGAAGCAAAUAGAUCCCGCUUCGUAACAGCAAAUCGAUAUGGCGUUGAAACGCGCAAUGGACACAUCAAAACCAUAUUCAAAUUAUUCCAGCAUGAAUGGAACCCUAUUGCGAUGCCACAUCUCAUGACCGAUUAUCGAAUUUGUGCAGCUCUAAUUAAUGCUUAUUGCAAAUCUAUUGAGUCAAACAAAGGUAUGGCGACUGAAAUCGGAAGGCGAAUGCUGGAUCGUUAUGAAACACCGAAUGAACUAUCGAAUAUUGUCUCCAAGAACGAAUUUCAAUACAAUUUAUCGAAAUUUAACCAAUUUUAUGAUUUUGAACAACUGCCAGCAUUGACACAAACCGACCUAAUUCUGAUUGCACUGGGUAAAUAUCAAAUUAAACAAGCUGCCUCUUAUUGCCAAGAACAUUUCAAAUCAAAUAACUUUCAAUUUGCCGUUUUUGAAUGUCCCAAUAAUAUUUUGAGAAAAUUUUUCGCCAACUUUACUACUGGAGACAAGCAGCUAAAGCUCCUGAUGGCCCGCAUCAAAUCCCGUUUUCGCAGCAAUAAGACACAUGAUGCAUAUAUUUUAAUUGAUAUUCUUGGUCAAGGAGAAAGUGUUGUGCUAGCUUACUGUUGUAGUUGCUACAACGGCCUACGAACUGUCGGCUGUUGCUCGCACGUAAUGACCAUCAUAUGGUUUGCUUUGCACAUUAAGAAACCAUCCAAAAUGCAUCGACCAGCUGCUUUUUUGGACAACUACUUCGGUGAAGCAUCAUCUUCCGAUUGCGACUCAUCAGACGCAGAAGAAUAA